ACGACAGAGAAAGAAAGCAUCGCCACUCACUAGUUUAAAGAUGAGAUAGACUUGGAGUUCUUCAAAGUCCUUAUUAACCAUGUUACUUACUUCACCCAAACCAAAACCAUUCAUAUUUGUAAAGAUGUCUUCUGCUGCAAUACUUUCUUUCAUUCUCUUCACUUUCACAUUCACUUAUCUUUUAUUCAAACUUUUCUUUCAUCCAAAACAAAAACACAAGAAGCCACCAGGUCCACCAACACUACCUAUAAUCGGAAACCUUCACAUGUUAGGCAAACUUCCUCAUCGAACACUUCAAUCACUCUCCAAAAAAUAUGGCCCAAUCAUGUCCUUUAAGCUUGGUCAAGUACCAGCUGUUGUCAUUUCAUCUUCAAAAGCUGCAGAAUUGUUCCUCAAAACUCAUGACUUAGUUUUCGCAAACCGACCAAAGACUCAAGCAUCUGAGAUCUUCUCUUACGGUUCUAAAGGGUUAGCUUUCUCUGAGCAUGGUCCUUAUUGGCGUAGUGUGAAAAAACUUUGCACUUUGAAACUUCUUAGUGCUUCUAAAGUUGAGAUGUUUGCUCCUAUUAGAAAACAAGAGUUGGGUGUUUUGGUUAAAUCUUUGGAGAAAGCUGCUUUAGUGGGUGAGGUUGUGGAUGUUAGUGAUGCUGUAGUAAAUCUUGUUGAAAAUAUUAUGUAUAAGAUGCUGUUUGGUAGAAGUAAAGAUGAGCAAUUUGACUUGAAGAAGUUGGUUCAACAAACAUUGACUUUGUCUGGAGCUUUUAAUCUUGCUGAUUACAUCCCUUGGCUAGGCCCUUUUGAUCUUCAGGGAUUAACACAUGCCUGCAAGAAAACAAGUAAAGCACUUGAUGAGGUAUUAGAGAUGAUAAUAAAAGAGCAUGAACAAAUUACUAAUGCUAACAAAACUCGUAACGAAGAUUUCAUAGACACACUCCUAUCAAUUAUGCACCAAACCAUUGAUCUCGAAAAUGAACAAAAUCCCGUCAUUGUCAUUGAUCGAAGCACCAUGAAGGCAAUUUUACUAGACAUGAUAGCAGCGGGAACCGAUACAUCUGCAUCUGUAAUUGAGUGGGCGUUAUCUGAACUUUUAAGGAAUCCAAGAAUAAUGAAAAAACUUCAAGAUGAGAUACAAAAUGAGAUAGGACAUAUGAGAAUGGUUGAAGAGAAAGAUUUGAAGAAUUUAAAUUACUUAGAUAUGGUGGUUGAUGAGAUAUUAAGACUUUAUCCGGUUGGACCUUUACUAGUCCCUCGUGAAUGUAGAGAGAAUAUAAUAAUUGAUGGUUAUUUUAUAAAGGAAAAGACACGAGUUAUAGUAAAUGCAUGGGCAAUAGGAAGAUCUCAUUAUGUUUGGUCACAAAAUGCUGAAGAGUUUUAUCCCGAAAGAUUUAUGGAUAAGAAAAUGAAUUUUCAUGGACAAGAGUUUGAGUGUAUACCAUUUGGUUCUGGUCGGAGACGCUGUCCUGGGAUUCAUUUGGGUUUGAUUAAUGUAAAAUUGAUUUUAGCUCAAUUGGUGCAUUGUUUUGAUUGGCAACUUCCACCUAAUAUUACUCCUUCAAAUUUGAACAUGGAAGAAAAAUUUGGACUCACUAUACCUAGAGCUCAACACUUGCACGCAAUACCGAGUUAUCGUCUAGCAUGUGAUGACAAAUUUGAAUAGUUUUAAGGAGGACAAUCAUAUAUCAUCAUGAGAGAAAUUGUGUAAUAUUAUCAUUUGUUUUACAAUAAAUUAAUGAAUACUGUUUGUUC